AUGACCGAUCCCUCCCUCAAGUCCGCCCUGCAAAUCCAGCCCGAAAGGGGCACUGGCUGGAUAGUUCUCGGUUCUUCUCUCCACAGCGUCCUGACGAGGCUGAAGGCGUCUCCGCAGACUUAUCCCGACAUUGAAUUGUCGUACUCUGCUUCUGAGCCCAUCACCAAGCCUGUCGUCAUCAGCCUUCCACGCAAUGGACUGAGACUCCGCUUUGAUGGCCCCGAUCAACGACUACGACUCAUCGAGAUCUUGGACUUCUCUCUCAGCACCUUUGUCUACAAGAACAUCGAGCUCGUUCGCCGGAACAAGAGUUCAGAUGAAGGUAACCACGACGAACCAGGCCCAAGUGGGCCGUCGUUCAGGCAUGUCUACAACCGACUCUUCGGGCCGACGUAUGCCGGGGAAUACAUUCCCCCAGAAGCAGGACAGGCGACCGGUGCCUAUGUACUGUCCUAUCCCGGCCUGGCAUUCACGUUCCCUGUGAAACACAACUCUUGGUCUGACAAGGUCGACUUUGUCUCGAUAUUAUCCUCGACGGCGACCGGUCCAGCCUCGUCGAUGGCCAUCUUCUUGGGCUCUUCAUGGACUGAAGCCCGAAAGACUUUGUAUACGAGGCCUCCCAUCUACCCACGGCUUCCCUCGUUGGGCGGGAAAUCCUCCGAGACAAUUCCCGAUGAGAUUGAAGAGGUCCGAGUGUAUGGAGCUGGUAGACUCGAGAUGGUACGGAGAAGCUCGCCCCCGCUGAGUAUCACGUUGAACGAAACUACACCACAAGAUCUCGUGGCGGAGUUAGGGCCCCCCGAUGCGAUCUAUCGUAAGAAUGACCGACGGAUUUCCAUUCAUGCCACAGGCAACCCAGCAAACCGGCGACUCCCGAGCAUGUCUCCUGGGCUUGACCCUCAGGCUUUGGAUACUGAUCAAUCAUCCAUACAAAGCUACACCGAGGACUCGGACAUGGAACAGGAGCGUGAGAAGGAUAGGCCCUCGGAGUCGAGCGACGAGUGCUUUUACAAUUACUUCCAUCACGGAUUCGACAUUCUGAUCUCUGCUCCCGCGGCAAGGUCGCCGGCAUUUCCUGGCACCUCAACGUAUGAGCCUUCGGCAUCGUCGAGCGCUCAACUUGUGGCGACCAAAAUAUUCUUACAUGCCAACAUUCCCGGGUCAUUCUCCUUCAAUCGACACCGAAGAAGUCGAUGGGGGAUCCGCACGGGGGUGGAAACCUUGAAUUCGGAGAUGGCAUUUUCCACCAUGUCGUCUGCGCUGAAGAACGUGUGGCAGGGCAUAUACAAAGAUGAACACGAGGAGAAACAGAUGCAACGAGGCAUGGUGCUGAACAGAGGAUGGGCCGAGAGCCCGGAGAGUUCAAUUGAACUACUGGGCGAUUUGGAGGAGGAGAGCCCAAGCCGGGACCAGGCCGGGGAUCAUGGGGCCGCGGCGGCCGACGCCAUCAACGGAAUGAGUAACACGGAGCUGUUUGGAUUUCCGGGCAUGCUGUUUGAGGUGCUCAAGAACGACACGGUCAGCUGUUUGACGGUGUUCUGA